AUGAAUUCUCUUGUUGAAGCAAACACCAAAUUUUGUUUUGACCUUUUUCAAGAGAUAAGGAAAAAUCACGAGGAUAAAAACAUCUUCUUUUGUCCUCUCAGUGUCUCAGCUGCUCUCAGCAUGGUCCGCCUGGGGGCCAGACGUGACAGUGCCCAACAGAUUGACCAGGUGCUGCACUUCUAUGAAGUUUCCCCCAAAGAAAGUGAAAAUCCAGACCCAUGUCUGAGAUGCAAACCAGGAGGAGAGGGGUCUUUGGAUGACCAGAGCGGAGUGCUUAGCUGCUACUUCGGGCAGCUUCUGUCCAAACUGGACAGGGGCAGAGCUGAUUACACCCUGAGCAUCGCCAACAGGCUGUAUGGAGAGCAGGAAUUCCCCAUCCAACAGGAAUACUUAGACAGUGUGAUCCAGUUUUACCACACAACCUUUGAGAGCGUGGAUUUUCGGAAGGACACUGAAGAGUCCAGACGAGAGAUUAACUUUUGGGUGGAAUCUCAGUCCCAAGGUAAAAUCAAGGAGCUCUUUAAUAAGGAUGCCAUUACUGAUGCUACUGUACUGGUACUGGUGAAUGCUGUUUAUUUCAAGGCCAAAUGGGAAAAAUACUUCGACAGUGAAAACACAGUGGAUGCACCAUUUUAUAUCAGUGAGAAUGAUAGUAAGACUGUGAAGAUGAUGAAUCAAAUGGGACUCUUCAACAUUGGCCACAUUGAGGAGAUACAGGCCCAGAUCCUGGAAAUACGAUACACCAAAGGAAAACUCAGCAUGUUUAUCCUGCUGCCAGCCACCUCAGAAGAUAACAGGAAAGGCCUGGAAGAGCUGGAAAGAAGCAUCACCCAUGAAAAACUACUGACCUGGAGUAGCUCAGAAAACCUAUCAGAAGAAAGAGUAGCCAUCUCCCUGCCCCAGUUCACCUUGGAAGACUACUAUGAUCUGAAUUCUAUUCUCCAGGACAUGGGCGUCAUGGAUAUCUUUGACAAAACAAAAGCUGAUCUUACUGGGAUCUCUCCAAAUCCCAAUUUUUAUUUGUCCAAGAUUAUCCAUAAAACCAUUGUAGAGGUGGAUGAGAAUGGUUCAGAGGCAGCAGCAGCCUCUGGGGUUGUGGGUGUGGAAAAGUGCAGUGUGUCUGGUUUGGAAUUUAAUGUGAACCAUCCUUUUCUCUUUUUCAUCAGACAUAAUGACACCCAAACCAUUCUGUUCUAUGGCAGGGUUCUUUCUCCUUAA